AUGGCCAUGGAAACUGCCCAGGAGCCAGAUUUGGCAUUUGAGAGGUUUCGCCUUUUAGGUGAUUACCAACACAACUGCGACGUGUUGGACCUGGGUGAGGGAAAAUUAAUCAUGGUACAAACGCCAAAAGAAGAAAAAGAAGGGAUUGCCACUAACUUCUUGCCUUGCCCUAGUUGUAUGGGUUUUUUUCAUGGCGUCAGAGCUCUGGAGGCACCGACAAAAUUGUCCCCAUCGGUCCCAAGAGACUCCCCCAAAAUGGUCGAGGGUACAGCAAGAAGCUAAGCUUCUAUUACCAACAACAGUAUUGUCCACCAAAGAUGUAAAAAAGAGCUUCCAUGACAAUGUCCUUUCCUCUAUGAAAAACGACGAAAUAUCAGCCAUUGCAGCAAGGACAAACUAUUUUAAAUUUUCACUUUUUAAUUGUUACGUUAAUGACUAGAACUCUUUACCAAACUCCGUUAUGUCUGCUUCCAGCUUGAACUCUUUUAAAACUUUAUUACUUAAUUAUCUUUGUAAAUAGUCAUAUCUUUAUUAUUUCCUACUGAAUCUGGAUUUUCGUUUUUAUUUAAUAUCUAAGUAUUAGUAUUUUAUUUAAUAUCUAAGUAGUUUAUUAAAGAAAAGGGGAAGGGGAAAGGGAGAAAAAAACAAAAACAAAACAACUAAAUUUUGUUUUUGUUUUUUCUCUUAGAAUCACAGGAUGUAUAGUUAUGUAUUAGUUUUCUAUUCUUAAUUGUUUUAUCUUUUCGUUUUGGAGGGCAGUUUUUAUAUGGGAAUUCAGUUUCCCCCUAUUGCUUUCCUUUACCUAUUGUACUUUUAUAUAUGUAUAUAUAUUUUUAUUUUGUACAUUGGUAAAAAGAAUUAUUAAACUUAAACUUAAACUUAAUUGCCGGAAAAGACGCCCUAAUUGUGAACUUUGGCACCGCUAUCUUUGAAAAAGUCUGGACAAAAAACAUAAAUUAUGUUUCCCAAAGAAUGUGCCAGUUAGCCAGGCUUCUCCAAACGUUAAGGAAACAAAACGAGGCUACCANGAGGGCAGUUUUUAUAUGGGAAUUCAGUUUCCCCCUAUUGCUUUCCUUUACCUAUUGUACUUUUAUAUAUGUAUAUAUAUUUUUAUUUUGUACAUUGGUAAAAAGAAUUAUUAAACUUAAACUUAAACUUAAUUGCCGGAAAAGACGCCCUAAUUGUGAACUUUGGCACCGCUAUCUUUGAAAAAGUCUGGACAAAAAACAUAAAUUAUGUUUCCCAAAGAAUGUGCCAGUUAGCCAGGCUUCUCCAAACGUUAAGGAAACAAAACGAGGCUACCAAUUUCGCCGAUUUCAUAGACACUGCACGAUUUGACAAGCUAGUUGCUGCAGUGAAAGAUCUGUGUGGAUUCAAGGAAGAAUCUCGGUUGGACAUAGAUGUCCCCUUCCUGGCCUUAAAGCUUGGGCACAGCAUAAAACAGUGUGCGCAAGUUCUUAAAUCAUCAGCUCUGAGGAAAAAAGUUGAGGCAGAGAUAAGAAAAUGCCAGAACUUCAUUGACCUCUUUGAGGCAGAGCGGACCACCAAGAUUAGUUCUCGGUCCUUCGCCUCACUGUGGUCAAAGAAGCAAAACAAAGUAGAAAUUCUGCUACUAGCUGGAGACCUUAUGCUGCUGAAAAAUCAGGAAAAGAAGAUGGCAGAUCUUUCAAAGAUUUUAAACAAAGGGGAAGAAAUGCAAACCGCUGCUGGCCACUGGAGCAGCUUGGCUAAGACGACUCUGGCAAGAAUAAUCAUCUUUAACAAAGAAGAUCAGGGGAGACUGUGA